AUGGGUCUCAUGGAAGAACUCAUGGCUGAAAACUUCAACAUCACCAUUGCACCAGAAGUGGAGAAGAGGGAAAACCUCUCAGAAACAAGGUGGCGAGAUAUCUGUAUGGGAGCUCUGGAAAGUUUAUCAGCUGUGCAAGAUGUUUACACGUUUCUGAAUGCAAAAAUCUGUGUCACGUUGGAACAAGAGGGUUUGGAUUCUGUAUCUCCACAUGAACUAGUCAUUGGAUUGAGGCUACUUAGAAAAAGAGAUAGAUUUCUGGGCAAAUCAAUUAUCCAGGAGGGUUUACAGGUGGAAACUCCCUGUCAGCAACAUCAGCUGCAGCUGAAAAUACAAGCCCUUCAUUCCCGAAUGGGGAUCUGGGCGGCGGAGGCCCGGCGAGAAUUCCAGCGCAUUCUGGGCGGGCCAGCACUGCGGGGGGACCGGGCGCAGUCUCCACAGCUGCUGGCCCCGGUGCUGAGCCCCUCACUGCUGGGGCCGGCGGCUCUGCGGGCCACUCGGAGUGCGGGCCCUGCUGAGCCCGCGCCCACCCAGAACUUGCUGGCCCGCGAGUGCAGCGCGCAGCCCCUGUUCCCGCCCGCGCCUCUCCCUCCCCAUCUCCCGGCAAGCAGAGGGAGCCGGCUGCAGCCUCGGCCAGCCCAGAGAGUGCCUCCCAUAGUGCAGCGGCGGGCUGAAGGGCUCCUCAAACGUGGCCAGAGUGGACGCCGAGGCCGAGGAGGCGCCCAGAGUGAGCGAGGGCUGAUAGCACGUUGUCACCUCAAUACCACAGAAAUUGAAAACAGAGAUAAAAGGAGACUAUAUCAGCUCAAGACACUUAUUAUAUCUUCCUUGAUGCAAUACCCAAUACGAAAUUUCAUGUUCUCCUCUGCCGUGUCCCUUGACUUUGGACUUCCAUGUUUAUUAUUUUCCCCUCAAAAUGAUUCUCACAGGUAAGAAGUUUUUGCUAUUUAAGUGAACUUCUAUGAUUACCUUUUCCCCACUGCCAAUUCUCUUUCCUUUGAUAUGUCUUUGUUUCUUUUCUGAGACGUGUUAACUCCUCCAUAUGGACAGAGGGAGGCAGAGAAGUAAGAGGACUAACAUCAUUAAAGGGUAUAUUAUAGUUAAAAUGGUGUAUGUAAUCUGUAAAACGCCAAUUACGCUUCUCAACGACUGAACUCCCAUUCAGAGCACAGGGAGCUGCAGCUUAAAGAAGUGGUGAAGUCAUGCUGCCAAGGUACCACCGUCAGUGAGAAGCACAGCUGCGAUUUGAACCUCAUCUGCUACUCCAGAGCCCAUGGUGUUUUCCACUUAGACACGCUGCCUUUUGCCCUAAAUCUCUCUGUAGCGGAGCCACCGGUCAAGUUCCCAUUCAGAGCGAUGCAGCUGCAGCAGUCAAGGGAAAGGGAAGGAAGAAAAGCCAAGCAGCUCAGCAUGAAGGACGAUAAUAACCUGACUUAGAUUUAAAUAAUGAUAACCUCUCAGGGACAGGUUCCUAGGCAGGAGAGUGAUUAUGCAAAUGAACCCUGUGUGUAUUUCUGAAAGUAACAUUUUGAAUGGAAACCAAACACAUUCACUGACUUCAGUGUUGAUGACUAUUUUAAGCUGGCUUCGCAAAAAAAGCAUUCCAUUGUGCCUGCUUUUCUGCCCUGUUUCAAAAACAUACAGCCAAGGGGAAAGGGCAAGUGAGCUAGCAUUUAAUGAGUCCUCUAAUGUGCCAAACACUGCCUUAGGCACUUUACAGAUCCUAUUUUAUUCAAGCCUAACAAACGGCGUGAGCAGUAGGUUUUGCUAGCCUCAUUUUUUUUUUUUUUUUUAAAGAAAAUCAAGACAAAAGAAAAUCAUAAGGGCAACUGUUGAGUGCCUAGUAGGUAUCAAUUUUAUGGUAACAAUAUUUAACAUUUAUGACAAGGUAAUAUAAAUCAACAUCAUCUUAAUACCCCAACUAAGUGAAAGAUAGUUGAAGCAAGAAAAAUUAUAUAAUCCCUUAGAAAUAUAGACACAAAAUUUUCUUUAAGGUAUCAAACCAAAUCUAUUGAUUAUUGAUUUAAACAUCCUAAUAUAUUAUGAUUAAGUAGUGUUUAUUCCAAAAAAUAUACAUGAUUUAAUUCAGUUAGAAUACUAGUGUGAUUCACCAUACUGACCUAUUGAUGGGAAAUGUAAUCAAUAGAUUUAGAAAUAAUAUUUGAUUAAUUAAAGAUGUGGUUAUGAUUUUAGGAAUAGAAAAGCAUAUCUUUAACCCGAUAAAUCUAUAGAAUAAAUUCUUGUCGAAUGAUUAGAAAUAUUUUCUUUAAUAUUUGUAACAAAUAAAAGAUGCCACUUCACUGCUUCUAUACAAUGCUCUACUGGAAGUCGUAGGCAUCAAUUUAAAAUAAGACAAAGGAACAUAAUUUAAGAACUGGAAAGAACAAAUAAAACUUAACUACACACACACACACACACACACACACACACAAACGCAGAGGUUUCUAUAGCCCAUUUGGUUCUCUUUGCCUUAAAAAUUAUUUAUCAUUUGAUGAGACUUUUAAAAAGAAAUAAUUUACUAUAUUUAUACUACUAUAAAGAGGUAGUUGUAGCAAUCUGGUCCUAAAUUAUUGAUCUCUAUAGUAGUAUAGAGGUAGUUGUAGCAAACCGAUCCUAAAUUAUUGACCUAGAUCAGAAACAUUGCUGUAUUAUUGAGCUAGUUCAGAAAGAUUGCUGGAUACAUCAACAUAAAACAAUCAUUUGAAUCAUUUAUUUAGUAACAAAAAUAUAAUUUUAAAAGAUAUUGUUUAAAGUGUCAGCAAAAGAAAUAAUGAAUGUAGGGAAUCAACCUACAAGAGACAGUUGGAUAUUUUGUACAAUAUUAUAACUCUUUUAAUAAAAGUCAUAAAGAACACAAAAUAUAUGAAAAAAUAUACCGUGUCUAUGGAUGGGAAGACUUUGUGUCAUAUAUGCAGUGAUACUCCCCAAACUAUUCUAGACACUUGAUUGUAAUGCCAAUCAGUACUUUAAAACAGGUCUUUAUGUAGAAAUUGACAGAUGGUUUCAGAUGACAAACAAUAGUGUAAACUAAAAAUAAAUUUCUAAGACCCUCAACCAACUGAAUGGACCCCUCUUCUUUGGCCAAAGGCAUCCUAAAAUAAAUAUGAAACACUAGUUCAGGAAUGGAUGCUCAGACAUACCUCAUUAAACCCUACUCCUUUUGGAAAUGAGGCACAGCUGACCAGCAUUUACAUUGAAAAAGAGACCUCAAAACUGAUAGAACAGACUCUUUAAAUCUGAUAAGAAACAUGAACAAUCUAGUCUCUCUGAAGCCUGCUACCUGGAGACUUUAUCUGUAUAAUGAGAACCUUGGUCUCCACAACUCAUUAUCUUAACCCAGACACUCCCUUCUAUUGAUUCCAAUCUUUCGAUAAACUCUUUUGACCAAUUACCAAUCAGAGAUUCUUUGAAUUCACAUAGAAUCUGGAGGCCCCUGACAACCCCCACUCUGAAUUGUCCCACCUUUCUGGACUGAAACCAAUGUAAAUCUUACAUGUAUUGAUUGAUAUCUUAUGUCUCUCUAAAAUAUAUAAAACCAACCUGUUAGCCUGACCACCUUGGGCACAUGUUCUCAAGAUUUCCUGGAGCUAUGUCACAGACAAUGGUGACACAUGUUUGGCUAAGAAUAUAUCUAUUCAAACAUUUUAGAGUUUGACCUAUUUCAUUGACAAUAGCCAAGACACUUUAAAAGAAUAAAAGGAAACAUUACUUAACAGGUAUCAAGAAUUUCUAUAAGCUAGGGUAUCAGAAUAUAGGGAUUUUGUCACAAUAGUU